GGAGGGGCCUACGUGGUGAAGCUCUUUGAAGAAUAUGCCACGGGGCCGGCGGUGAUAGCUGUGGUGUUUCUGGAAUCCAUCGCCGUGGCUUGGUUCUAUGGAGUCACCCAAUUUUGCAGCGAAGUGAAGGAGAUGCUUGGAUUCGUCCCUGGCUGGUUCUGGAGGAUCUGUUGGGGGGUCAUCAGCCCCGCUUUCAUCCUGUUCAUCCUCUGCAGCUUCGUAGCCAGCCCUCCCGAAAUCCGCCUCUUUGACUACACUUACCCAUACUGGACCAUGGUGCUGGGCUAUUGCAUUGGGACUUCCUCCUUCAUCUGCAUCCCUGCCUACAUGGUUUAUCGGUUGGCAAGGACUCCGGGGACGCUGAAAGAGCGUCUCCUGAAGAGCAUCACGCCCGAGACGUCCACGGAGGUUCCCUUCGAUGAGAUCCACAUGAAUGCCGCUUAGGCCGGGCCCCCCCCCACAUUUUUUGGGGAGGGGGAGAAGGCCGAGGCAAGGUAAAGGGCCCGAAUCCUGCCUCCCGUUUGCUUCCCAAAGCUCUAUUCCAAAGACGGGAAUGUCCACCAGGGAACGUUCUUGGCAUGGAGGACCACGGAAGAUCCACGAGCGAUUCCAGAGAAAACAACAACCCGGAAAUUGGGGGGUGGGUGGGGGGCGUUUGGCUCCCCCCCACCCCGGCGGGGGCUCUUCCGAAUGGCCGUGACUUUCUUUUUGAACACUUGAGUGCAAGUGAAAAUCUGCGUCCCCUGGACCUGGAGCUGUCUGAAUGCAUGCGUGGUUUUUCCCUCCGGCCUUCGUUGGGCCCUCUGUGCAAGUUAUGAGUGUCUACUUAGAGCCACCUCUGUGCAAACUUGGUCUGUUGUGUGACACCCCCCCACCCCACUCCUUUGUGAUUAAACCCUCUGUUGUGUCGUUGCAAAUCCUAGGUGGGAAAAAAACCACCCCCCCCAAAAAAAACAAAAGCUGGAAGGGUCCAUCCAGGUUUGUUCAUCGUGAUCUUAGCUUAAUCCUAGCUAAAGGCCAGCUCAAACCUUACGAGAGAGAGAGAGGGGGGGGGGGAGAUAGAGAUAGAGAUAGAGAUAGAGAGGGGGGGGAGAUAGAGAUAGAUAGAUAGAUAGAUAGAUAGAUAGAUAGAGAGAGAGAGAGAGAGAGAGAGAGAGAGUUUAAGAAUGUCACCUGCCCAAAACUUCUGGAAGAAGGGGGGGGGGAAUUAAAUUCCCCGCAGCUGGAAAACUAGCAUUGAAUCAAGGCGCUCCAAAGAGCCAACCCCUCCUUGACAAAACCCUGUGUGUAUGUGUGUAUGCGUGGUUUGGUGUGGUUUUCCUUAACUGAAGGGGUGUGUGGAGGAUCCCACAUCUGAAAGCAGUUCAGUCUAAGCUAAGCUGAGAUCCUAAGUAGGGGGGUUGGACUAGAAGACCUCCAAGGUCCCUUCCAACUCUUGUUAUUCUGUCCUUUUAUGGAAUCCUCCCUAAUCUGGACUUUUAUGUUGAAGAGUCGGUUGUAAUUUAAUUGCAGGCUCGCCCCUCCCACUCCGCCACCCCCCACCCCAUCUGAAGGAGGCCAGGAGGUAGGAAGUGCUCAAUGGACGUAGCCAGAUGUUCUCUGCCCAGCUGGAAAUAGUUCCCUCUGUCCACAAAAUGCAGACUCCAGUAGAGCCCUGAAAAAUUAUAUGUACAUAUUUUGGUGCCCUCUGAGGUUAGUUUUUUUUCUUACAGACGUUUCAUCACCAUAGUGGGUAAGAUCAUCAGUGCUUAGAAGAAAGUGGGGCAUUGCUCACUGUAAGCCUUGCACAGAGGACACUGAUUAUGUUACCUAGUUCGGUAAUGAAAUGUCUGCAAGGAAACAAGCUCAGGGAAAAAACGAAGGACCCCACAGGCCCCCUCCUCCUCCUCCUCCUCCUCCUCCUCCUCUUUUCUUCUUCUUCCUCCUCCUGCCCACAAACCCCUCCCCAUUCUCCUCCUCCUCUUCCUCCCCACUCCUCCUCUCCACAAACUCCACACCCUUCUAGCACUGAUGAUGUUCCCUAGUUGGGUCAUGAGACAUCUACAAAAAGCCACCAAUCUCAGCGAGCAUCAAGGAUCCCACAGUCUCCUCCUCCUCCUCUUCUCCACAAACCCCAUUCCCUUCUACCACUGAUGCUGUUCCCUAGUUGGGUCAUGAAACGUCUGCAAGGAAAACCAACCCAAGGACCCCACAGCUCAUCCCUGAGCUACUAACGGUCUCUACUAUCAAUAUACUCCUUGGAUGAUCCAGGCCCCAAGUCAGCCUCUUCUUGCUAGAGGCCUUUUUCCCUGCGGUCAAACUGCAGCAGAGGGAAGGGCCAGCGUGCCCUUCCUCCCCGCCCCCCCCGAGUGUGUGGUGUGGGUGUCUACUAGGAGCUUUCACAAUCCAUCUAAACCUGGUAGUACCUGCCGUGAGAUAUCCCCUUUUUGCAGGAAGCUGGCGGGAAAGUUUCCUCUGGAUCAAACAGAUGCCUUUUCUUCUUCUUUUUUUUUUUUAAUGAGGGUUAAACUAUAAACUGGUGAAACCACGUGUAAAGUGCGUGAGUUGUGUGAAUGUGUGUGUACAAUAAUUCUGCAAAACAAGGUGUGAAACUACUUCGUCACCUGGACUAGGCGAAAACUAUCGGAGAAGUGUGAUUUAUGAUGCUGCUGCUCUUUGGAAGAUGCUCACCUGUGGAAUCCUUCAACGUCUCCCAGAAAAUAAGUCUUAAAAGCGAUCUGUUGAUCCAGAGAAGGAGAAUUUGCUUCUUCUGGAUCAGUGGAUCACUGCAGAAAAAGUUUAGAACAGGUUUGUCCAACGCUUCUCAAAGCCAAAGCUCCCCAUUCCGUGCAAACCUGGAAGUUGUGCGUUGUCAUUUUUUUUUUGUACAGAGAAAUUUAAAAAAAAACUGGAGUUUUCUUUUACAGAAUAAGGCCCUCAAGGGUGCAAUAGGCCAAACUUAUCUUUGUUAUCUUAGGUUGCUGCUUUUCUGGAAUGUGCCAAGUGGUGUUAUUUGUUUGUGUCUUGGCAAAGUCAGGUGUUGUAAUAAAAGUUUAAGUGUGACAAUAAAAUGGAAGUUGUACCCUC